AUGAUCGUUGUUGCUUAUGAGGCUGUUGAGCAACUUGAAGAUAAAUUGCUUUUUGAUAAUAAUCAUUGCAAUCAGAAAUCUGUCAUAUCCAGCCUAAACAAAGAAUUUGCAAUUAAAGACCUUGGCAAUCUAAACUAUUUUUGGGACUUGAAGUUGUUUACACGCCAAGUGGCUGAUGGAGUUCCAUACAAAGAUCUUACCUUUUACAGGUCUCUCGUUGGUGCACUUCAGUACCUGACCAUCACUAGACCAGAUAUAUCGUAUGCGGUGAAUCAGGUGAGCCAGUUCCUACAAAACCCCAGUAUUGAUCAUCUUCAGAAUGUCAAACGCAUACUUCGGUAUGUCAAGGGAACGGUUAAUUUUGGUCUUGUAUUCUCACGUCCAACUCAGACGAAGAUCAUUGGGUACUCUGAUGCUGAUUGGACUCAUUGUCUUGACACUCGCCGCUCCACCUUUGGGUACUCCAUAUUUUUAGGUGGCAACCUUGUCUCAUGGAGUGCUAAGAAACAAGCCACUGUUUCACGUUCCAGUUGUGAAUUUGAGUAUCGGGCAAUGGCCAGCAUUGCUGCUGAACUUGUUUGGAUAUCACAUUUGCUACGAGAACUUCAUGCUCUCCCUCCUGAUCGUCCGACUCUUCUCUGUGAUAAUAAAAGCGCCCUCUUCCUCACUCAGAAUCCAAUUUCCAAAAAACGCUCCAAGCACAUUGACCUCGACUACCACUUCAUUCGGGAACUAGUUGCCUCAGGGAAGUUGUCUACUUGUUUCAUUCCGACCAAGCUUCAGUUGCAUCCUCCUGUUGAGGUAUGCGAAACAUUCACAAUCAUUCCUCUUAAUUCACAGUACAGAUAA